AUGGCGAACGAGAAAUCUUCAAUAGAAUUCGACAUGAGCCCUGAGGAUUAUAUCAACUCGCUGUGCGGUGGGGAAAGAAGCGGAAGCUCUGAAUCGAAAGCUACUGACGACAAGCUUGUGUUAAAGGUAGAGAGAGCCAAAUAUUUCCCAAAUGAGCUCACUACAGAGAUAGUCUCGCGAUUGCCGGCAAAGUCCAUAGCAAGAAAUCGCUCAGUAUCAACAAAAUGGGCUGCAUUACUUCACCAAACAGAAUUCGCUAAAUUGUUCUUGAAAAGGUCGUUGCUUCGUCCUCAACUCUUGUUCUGUGUAUUGCGAGAUGGCGCAGAAUUGCAUGUCUUCUCGACACCUCAGGAUCAGAACUCGCCUCUUGUAGCUGCUGUGCAGCAGAUGGAAUUACCCUUUGGUUAUGGUGCCUCAAUACCUUGUGAUCCUGUGUUGGGGCUGUCAUGUUAUGCACGUAUGGUGUCCAUAGAUGGACUGUCGGAAAGAAGGCCGGUUAUAGUUAAUCCAAGCACGGGACAGUUGUUAUUUUUACCCAAAGGAUUUAUUUUGUGGGAUCAGGUGGAGACUUUACUUGGCUAUGAACCAUUUGCAAAACAGUUCAAAGUACUAAUCAUGGAGACGAAGCCGAUGUACACAGAUUUGGGCUUUUAUGGGGAUACCACUCAAACUGUUUCCAUAAAGGGGCAGUUUUUCUGGGUAGGUCAUCUCAAAGAUGAUGAUGAUGAGACUGAUGACCCGAGUAUAUGGAAUUGGCUACGCCUAGUAAACUACUAUGGGAAAUUGGGUGCUAUUGUGUUAGACCACUAUGAAGUUACAGCAGGGACUACAAAUUUUGAACUGUGGCUUUUACAGGACGCUAUGGAACAUAUAUGGUUGAAACAUGUAUGCGUACUGCCUUCAUCGUGGGAGAAUCUAGUGGGAGAUGCGAGAUUACGCAUUGUUGGAGUUACUUCUGAUGGGAUCCUUAUGGCUCCACGCUUUGUGCGUAGUCCUUUAUACGUUAUUUAUUAUCAUGUGGAGAAGAAGUCCGUAAGGAAAUUGGAGAUUACAGGAAUGGAGGGUUUUGAGGGGAGUUACUUUUUCACCUACUGCAACCAUGUGGAGAACUUGGUGGAGCUAAAACAACGUCUCUGA